GUUAAAAGUUUGUCUGAUAUUCUUCUUAUUUUGCACUUUAUUUGCUCUACGCGCAGUUUACUUUAGAUAGAGCGGUGUUAACAACCGACGACAGUGUUCAUUAAAGUUUCAGAAUGACGUCUGUACAGAAAGAGAAGAAGGAGGAGGAGGAAAAACAGGAGGUCCCUGACCAGCAGCUGAGCUUUGUCUUUGGGAACAGAUUUGACAAACCUCAGACUCCUCGCAUUACGCCAGAGGAUGCUGAGCCCCCAGAGCUCCCUGAGCAUUAUUCAGCACAGAUAUUGGACCUGAGCAGAACUAAUCUGAAACAUGUCCCAGACAGUGUUAUGAAAAAUAGCAAACUAAAGAAUUUAUAUCUCAGAGGGAAUCAGAUAGCCAGCAUACCAGGGUCAUUGUUCUUCAGCCUGCCUAACCUGGAGUGGUUGGAUCUCAGAGAUAACCGCAUUGAAACACUCCCCGCUGAAAUUGGCUCACACAGGUGUCUGAAAACUUUACUUCUGGAAGGAAAUCCUAUCCAAGAACUUCCAGCAGAGUUGGGUAAAGUGAUCACCCUAAACGGCCUGCAACUGAGAUACUGCCCGGUCAUUUUCCCCCCACAGGAGAUUCUGAACCAGGGGGUCAAGGGCAUCCUUAACUUCUUGAGGGCUACUCUGGCUAAUCGUCCAGUCAGUGUGACAAAGACUUCUCCAGAUGCUGGGGAUGUUUCAGAGGUAGAGUUGCCGCUUGUGGAGAAACUCCAGCUGUCAAGGCUGACGGGGUCAAGUGUGGAGGAGCAGGAGGAGUCAGCGGAUGAAGAUGAGCUGCAAAGAUUUAGAGAGCUUAAACACAAGAUGAUGAUGCUGGACAGGGCUGAGCUGGAAGACAAGAAGACACAUCCACCUCCCGUUAUCAAAAAGGAAGUUAAGAUUCCUGAAUUGAAAAAAAAAAAGGCACCUGGCAAGGCCGGCAUAAUUCCUGAGCAGCUGCUGUUUGACACUCAGCAUCGGAAGACACCGGAGGAAAGGAGGCAAGCAGCAAUGAAGGAGCUGAAGGAGAAACAAGCCAUUAUGGAGCAGAGAAGAAAAAGCCAGGAGGUUCUAAGAGCACGGCUUUCACAAACCAAGCAUGACAAGCCAAAGAAACAAGGCAAACCGAGGAAUCAAGAGGAGGACAGAGCUGUCCCUCCUCAGAGUCAGGCUCCCCCCAGGACCACCAAAGAGCUCGAUGAGAGCAGAUCAGCCCAGAGGCUGCAGCGUCAGAUCCGCGCCUGUGUAGAGACGCUGGAAGAGAGACGCAGGAAUCCCACGGACACAAGUAGCAAGCAGAUGGCAGCAGAAAGGCAGGAUAUAAAGGAGCAGAUGAGGAUGCUGCAGACUCAGCUUUUGGAGAGGAAGACAACCAGAGAGAGAAAUCCUGAAAGGCAUUUCAGAAUCUUCACUGCAAACACCUUUCCCAAUUACUCUUAAAACUGACCGCUGUUUCAGCUUUAUGGUGUUAAAUUCAUCCUCAAAUCUUAUUGCAAAGACUUUUCUCCUCAUGAGGAACCA